AUGUAUUCUAGCUUAUUCACAAAUCCAUAUGCCACAGAAGUACUGAAAAUGAAAAAGAACGAACUUGUGGAAGGUAUAAAAAACCCCGAUCACCUUCUGGACUGCCUGAUAGAAAAAGGUAUCCUUACCUCUGAGAAAAGAAUGAUUUUAUCCUACUAUAGAACACGGAUGGCAAAGAACUCCCGCAUUUUGGAUAUCUUGGCUUCUCAAGGUGAGCGAGCUUGCAGACUGUUUUUUUAUCCCUGCUUGAAAGAGGUAGAGCCCCAUUUAUAUAGCAGUAUAAGGAAUUAUGUGAGCGAUGUGAAUGAGAAAAUUGGAGAUGCUAGGAGACAACUGAUAGGCUAUCUCCUUGAAAAAGAUAAAGGAUCGAUUCAAAAGGCUAAGACUUCACAUCAAGGGAAAAAAGAUAGCCCUAGAUCUAUUAAACCAAAAAAGAUGGUUUAUAAUAAACCUAAAUCAAAAUCCACUUUGGCAGCAAGACAGUCUCUAGACAAUGUUCCUACGGUCUUUGAUUUGGUGAAGAAAGGAAUUCUUUCCGAUCUGGAAAAAGCCUUAAACCCGAGUAAUGUGAAUGCAACAAACUCUGCAAAUGAGACUCUCUUACACAUUGCCGCAGCUCAUGGGCACCCUGAAAUAAUUGACUAUUUAAUCAGCAAAGGUGCCAAACUGGAGGUCAAGGAUAACAAAGGAAGAACCCCACUGCACAGAGCUGCUGAGAAAGGUCACGAUAAAGCAGUGAAUAAGCUGCUCCAAGCUGGGGCCAACAUGUACAGUUUGGAUCAAGAAGGCAAAACCCCCCUUCACUUGGCCAACCGGAACCAGCACACGCAUGUCCUAAAGAACAUCUUAAAAGAAGAGGCGAGACGGCACAGGAAUCAGCACAACUUCCUGCACAUGGCUGCUCUCAAGGAUGAUAGUGACUUGGUUCAAGUCCUUUUGAAAAAUGGUGCUUUGGUCAAUGCCAGGGAUGAGAGAGGCCAGACAGCCUUGAGCUAUGCUGUAUCUCAGGGACAUGAGAAGACUGUCAAGGUAUUGUUGGAAGGUGGAGCCAAAGUGGAUUCCAGCAUAAUUGAGGCGGCCUUUAAUAGCAACAACCCAUCGCUCUUCAAAUUAUUACUGGAAUAUGCCAGAGGAUUAUCAUCUGAAUCCAUGGUAUCAGCCCUGUUUAAAGCCAUAGGAAAAGAUCUGCAUGGCAUUGUGGCAGCCCUAAUUGAAAGAGGGACUGACAUUAAUGCUCAUAAUGAAGAGCAGUACACACCAUUGCUUGUGGCAUGUAAAACGGGCAAGAUUAAGUCAGCCAAAGUUCUUAUUGAGAAGGGGGCCAACUUGAAGGACAAGGCCCCUAACUUAAGUAGCCCCUUACACCUAGUGGUUGAAGCUGGGGCCUUUUCCAUUGCGCAGAUGCUUCUGCAGAAGGGAAUAGAUCCUAACAUCACAGCUCAAGGAAAUCAAACGCCCCUCCACGUUGCUGCAAUAUACAACAGAGGAGCGUUAGUUGACCUACUAAUUGAAGGAGGAGCUAAAAUUGAUGCGGUCACCACAGACCUGUUCACGUCAUUACACGUGGCAAGUGAUAAAGGUCACAUUGAUGUGGCUCUGAAGCUGUUGCAACAUAAAGCUAAUGUCAACCUCAAGAAUAAGCGAUCAAAGACACCUCUUCAUCUUGCAGCUGAAAUGGGGAAUCCUGCGAUGGUGGAGCUGCUUCUGAAUUUCAAGGCCAAUCCAAAUGCAACGGAUAAAGAGAAAAAGAGUCCACUUCAUUUUGCAACUUUGGGAGGCCAUUUUUAUGCAGUGAAAGCCCUGUUAGCUAAAAAGUCUAGGGUUGCAAGCAAAGACAUGGAUGGCUGCACACCAAUGCAUUAUGCAGCUAUCAGUGGGAAUAUGGAGGUAUUAAAAGAACUUUUGAUGGCAGGCGAUAAUAAAAAUAUCAAUGACAAAAAUAUUUGGAGAAAGACACUAUUGCAUCUUGCAGCAGAACAUGGACACAGCAAUCUGAUAGAUUUUUUGUUGAGCAACGGCUCAGCUAUUAAUGCCUUGGACAACAAUAAAGAUACCCCAUUGCACUGUGCUUGCAAAGCUGGUCAUUUUGAUUCUGUAAGAGCACUGCUCAACUGGUCUGCAGGAGAUAAAGCAAAUCUGCAGGCUACUAAUAGCUUAAAGAAGACCCCACUGCAAGUAGCAGAAUCCAGUGUCACUGAGCACCAAGCUCAAAUUGUUAAUCUUUUGAAAAAGAAAAUGUUACUGAUAAGGUAGAUUUGCAAAGAGGGAUUAUAGACAUACCUUCUACAUUUAAUUUAGGAGAUCCAGUGAAAGAUCUAAUUAAUGCAUAUAGGUUGCCCCAACCUGAUGUCCUCCAGAUGUUUAGGCUCAUAGAUUAUACUUACCAGAGUACUACAUCUUUUCAGUCAAUCAGUAGUUGGUUUUUCCCUGCAGGAAUGAAGCAUUCCUGUUUUAUCUUUAACUGGCUCUUUUAAGAAAAAAACAAUUAAAUAUACUAAAUAUAGGUGGCAGUGGAAGGAAGAUUGUAAAUUUGAUCUGGGGAGCAACCUUAUAAAACCCUUCUGACCUAUU